UACGAAACCCAAAGAAUCCACAAAAAUGGAGAUUCUCCGCAAAUUCAAAAUUCUCGGGAGAUCCAAGUCUCCGAUCUUUGCUUUCACAGUCACCGCCGGCCUAGCUCUAACCGCCGUCACUGGCAGCGCCACCGCCGUGUCCAUCUUCCGAGACUCACCUUCCAAUAAAAUAGCGACGGCUGUAGAAGGCGUCGUCCGUUCUUCUCGCGCUAUCUACUCCAUCACUCUCACUGUCGCUGAUUACAAGUAUACUUUGCGUAGAUUACCAGCAGAUUCCGAUGAGUAUCUUCAGAGAUUAACAGAGGUUCAUUCACGGUCUGCUAAACGAAUUCUUAAACUGUGUGAAAGUAAUAAAGGUUUCUAUGUGAAAGCUGGUCAGUUUGUGGCUACGUUGAAGCUCGUUCCGAAAGAGUACUCGUUGGCUCUUUCCUCGUUGCAGGACAAGGCAGUUCCUUGUAACUUUCAAGAAAUAAAGCAAGUUCUGACAAGUAACUUGGGUCAAAAUCUCACAGAGAUAUAUUUAUCUUUUGAUGAGGAACCAAUUGCGGCAGCAUCUAUUGCUCAAGUACAUCAUGCUGUAUUGAAGAACCACCAGGAAGUAGCAGUAAAGGUGCAAUACCCUGGAUUGAAGCAGAACAUGAUGUUAGAUACAAUGAUAAUGUCAUUCCUUUCAAAAUCAGUCGCAAAGAUAUUUCCAGAAUACAGAUUUGAUUGGCUAGUUUAUGAAUUCGUAAAGUCAAUUUCCCAGGAACUUGAUUUUCUACAGGAGGCAAAAAAUUCAGAGAGAAUUGCCAAAAACUUCAAACAUAACAAAAUGAUUACAAUUCCUACAGUGUUUUCGGAGUUCACAACCACUCAAGUGCUGACAAUGCAGUUUUGCAAGGGUUUCAAGGUUGACGAUGUGGAAUCCCUCAAAAGGACUAAUGUAAGUCCAGAAAAGGUUGCUAAAGUAUUGGUUGAAGUGUUUGCUGAAAUGAUAUUUGUUCACGGGUUCAUACAUGGCGAUCCGCAUCCUGGAAAUAUACUAGUUUCUCCUGAAGGCCAGAAUGGCUUCUCUCUAGUUCUGCUAGACCAUGGGAACUGUAAAACAUUGGAUGAAGCAUUUAGGCGGGACUUUUGUCGGUUGUGGGAAGCUUUGAUUCUUCUAGACUCGAACAAGAUACAAGAAUUAGGGAAACAGUUUGGGGUUGGAAAAUAUGCCAAAUUCUUCCCCGUCAUUUUCACCGGAAGAACUAGUGAAAGCAAAUCAGGACUGGGAAAAGGAAUGUCUAUACAAGAGAGGCAAAAACUGAAACAGGAGCUCAAACUUCUGAGAUUGGAAGACGUAACAACUUUCAUGGGGUCUCUUCCACCUGACUUUCUAACCGUUCUGCGAACAGAGUACAAUCCUCGAUCCUCGGUUAUUUAGUAAUUGAUUCUGGAAAGAAUAUUAUUUAUGACCUCCUUGUUUUUGAUCGAUCUCAGUGGACUCAUACGGUCAAUCACUCUAAAGUUAGGUGCUCCACAACGGGUGAGACUACUCGCUUAUGCGAAAUAUGCGGUAUACGGGCUUGGCUACAAACCAACUUCUGAACCAGAUUUUGUUGAGAAGUCGGUAAUCUCCAGAUCUGUAAUGUUAAUGAGUUACCUUCGGUUACGUCUUAUUCUAGAAUUGAUGGAACUCUUUCAAGGAAUGAAGAAGCUAAAACAUACCAUAUACGGUUUCUAUGGGCAACUCGUUGGCGGUAUCACAAAUAGUGUAAAGCGAAUUACAUGCAGCGUAUGAAAAUAUGAUUAUGAUGUAGGAAUUGGUUCAAAAGUGUCUUUGAUAUAUUUUUUGUAUCGAAACGGAAUAACGGAUAUAUGUAAAUUUGAGGUGAAACCAAUGACUCUCUCGGUACAACGAACUUUAAUCAAAGAAAAACAAAGAACCGACUUGACCACAACGGUAUUUUUGGUUUAAA